CGAAAUAUACAUUAGCUGUCGGCUGAGUCACAUGAUAAAAACAUAAACAAAAUGGCGUCCAGCAUGAUAGGCAAUCAAGUCCUGGUACUUGGAGGUACUGGUUUUAUUGGAAGAAAUUUAGUGGAUUAUCUUGUGAGAAACAGCUUGGCGAAAAAGAUUAGAGUUGUGGACAAAGUUCCUCCCCAAAUGGCCUGGCUUAACCCAAGACAUUCGGAAUCAUUUGCGAGCCCGGCUGUUGAAUUUUGUCAUGCAAAUCUAAUUAAUAAAGCUUCUGCGGAAAAAGCCUUUAGUAAUGAUAGCGGUGAAUUUGAUUUUGUCAUAAAUUUAGCUGCAGAGACAAAGUAUGGCCAGAGUGAACCUGUUUACAAAGAAGGAAUUUUUCGACUGAGUAUGAACUGCGCUGAGUUAGCUGCUAAACACAAAGUCAAGAAAUACAUUGAGGUUUCAACAGCACAGGUGUACAGUCAUGAAAAGAAACCUUCCAGAGAAGACAGCAAAAGUGAACCUUGGACCAAUCUGGCACGACACAAGCUUGAGGUUGAACAUGCCCUGGAGAACUUCACUGACCUCAACUAUGUCAUUGUCCGUCCUACAAUUGUGUACGGUUUGGGGGACAGAAACGGACUGACUCCUCGUCUGAUAAUCGGAGCCAUCUAUAAAUAUAUGAAACAAAAGAUGCAGAUGUUGUGGACGAAAGACCUGAAAAUGAACACAGUCCAUGUGGAUGAUGCGGUCAGAGCUCUGUGGCACUUGUGUUUCCAUGGCAACAGAGGGCAGGUCUACAAUCUCUGUGAUAAAGGAGAUACAUCUCAAGGAUUGAUUAGCAGUUUAAUAUCAGAACUAUUUGACAUCAACUAUGACUUUCUAGGCUCAGUGUUUUCUAAUUUGGCUAGAGUGCGGAUGACUGACAUUGUUGAUGACAUCAAUGAGAAACAUGUUAGGCCGUGGUCUGAUGCUUGUCAAAGAGAUAAAAUAACCAAUACUCCAUUGAAUCCAUUUAUUGAUCAGGAACUGCUGUACAACAAACAUCUCUAUGUUGAUGGAAGCAAAAUAGAAUCAUUAGGUUUUACUUACCAAGUACCUAGAUUAGAAGUCAGCAGUUUAAAAUCUAUACUUGAUGAUUACAUUGGCUUGGGUUUAAUGCCAAGCAGCCUAGUCAGUAACGAGGUCUUUUACACCCCCCCUGAGCAUGAUGAGGCAGGGAUUGAUGCAGGUGGAGAUGGUGAUGCCAGCAGUGAUUUGGCUGAAGACACUACCUCUAGUUGACACAAGUCCUACGACAUGUCCAGCAGUGCUGGUGGAUAUUGACCGCAGUGACCAGUUUUUUUCAUUACAUCAUAUCAUUAUUUAUCUUAUCACCUCAUGGGUAUUUUUUUUCCUUACAUUUUUUAAAAAUUCCUUUUUUCGAUUAUAUUUUCUGAUAUUUAAAUAUUCUGCUACCACUGUACCCAUAUAUUUUUUGGCUUGAAAAUUUUGGCCUGUUAUUUUAAUAAUAAUAAAAACAAAACAAAAAAAACUGGCAUGUGUAUUAAUGUGUGGGGCACAACCGUUCUGCUGGUUAGUUUGUUCCCUUUUUAUAUAAUUUAUAUAUACCACUUCUUUCAUUCUGCCAAAUCUACAUAUGCCACGUAAGCAUUUGAUUUUUUGUCUAUACAAUUGUGUUUUACUCUGUUAAAAUUCUUGUGUGAACUAAAAUGGUGUUAUCAAAGGAGCAAAAUCAACUUAUACAAAAUGGUUUCUACAAUCAAAGGGUGCUUUCCUAAGCUCUGGUUAGUAUGUACAUGGAAAGGUUCUCCUUGUCAUUCAUUAAAUGACAUUUGCUUUGUCAUUUGCAUUGAGAUUUCAGUAUGUUUAUCUGAAGGGAAGGAGCGAUAAUUCCGGAUGUGGUUGAUACAAUUCAGACCAGUAGUUCCAGUAAAGUUUGUGAAAACCUUUUUUAUCAUGACUUCUCAAAUCUUCAUUGGUUUUCUUUUUAACUAUUUAUCCCGUGAUUUUGUUGAUUUUUUGUUGCUUCCUGUUGUGAUUCUGUAAUUUCCAAAUUUUACUUGACACAUGUCAAAACAAUGGGCUGGUUUCAGGGUCGCAGUGGUCUCGUAUGUCUAGGCUUGUGUUAGCGUUCUCAUUUUCAAAUGUUGUUAAAACAAAUGCUAGUACAAAAAUAGGCCAGUUUAAAAUAUUUGUGUGUGUGUGUGUUAUGUGUUAAUUUUGUUUUCUCUGUGUUAGAGGAGGAGGGGGUUACACAGUUGAUAACAGUUUACUGUACACAACCUUUAGCUUUUUAUUGCUUAAAACAUUUCCGACACUCUUAUUGUGGACCUAUUUAUUGCAGAUAUUAGGUUUAGAAAAAUGUUUUCUAUUAAAAACUAUUUUUCUGGCAGGGUAAGUUGACUAGUACUUUAUCAAUGACCAACUUAGACACCUAACCACAAAUGUAUUAACUAUCAGUAAAUGGCUAGGAUUGGUAAGAUAUUGCUACUUGGUGAAUUUCACAAUAAUCAAUUUUAUGCAAUAGUUAUUAGACCAACAAAAAGUCUGACUUCUAAACAAUAUAUACGCAAUGUCUGCUUUAGUUUAUCUCACCAAUCACAUCAAUAUGCAAGCACACUACACUUUUUUCUAAGCUUGCAAUGUAGAAUGAAAUACAAAGGUUGUUUUAUCAUUAAACUAGUUCAUUGAUUUGAUACCUGUGACUUUACCAAUAGGAAAAAUAGGUCAGUGACAUUGUUCAUUUAUGAUGACUUACUAACAACUCUGAUGACACUAGAUCUAUUCAAUUUAAUCUUUCCCAGUCCUAAACAUCGCGGUUAUUUCAACAAUGCCAGUAUCGAUAAAGAGCUCGUAUAUCAUUGGGUGUCCCAUACUAGUAAGCUUCAUCUCAUUAGAUGGUAUGUUGUCUUAUAUACCUUUGUUAAUGUUUUUUAACCUGAAGCCUUAUGGUUCGUAGCCCAGUUCUGUUUUUCUAUUGGUUUAUUUCUAUUGUGUGCCAGUGCGAUUAUUUUCAGCAAAGGCUUACUGCAAACAAGUUUCCAUUGCUUUUUAGAUUGCAUUAUAUGGUGCUGAAUUGAUGGACCCAUACAUUUCUCCAUGAAAGUGUGCCCAAUUAGUAAAUGUGAUUCCAUAUUCAAAAUUAAUUCCCACCUCCUUUUCAGAUCUUGCAAUCUUUGGAGCAGAUGAUGUAAAGAUCAUCUGUUUCUGUGGCCCACUGUUAACAAGAGUGUCAUGUGGCCAGCACAACAACCAACAGCCUUAAUUUUCCCCCAACCAAUGUAAGGUACCCAUUAGAGCUGGGUGGACUCAGAAGCAUGGUGGCUGAGUGGCUAAGCAUGUGGCUUUCAAAUUCAAAGUUCUGGGUUUGAAUCUUGGUGAGAACUGGGAUUUUGAAUUUCUGGAUUUUUACCGCGCCCUUGAGUCCAAUUCUAAUGGGUACCUGACUUUAAUUUGGGAAAGAAAUGGCGGUUGGUGGUUGUGAUGGUGAUAUAACAUCCUGCUUGUUAACUAUUAGCCAAAGAAACGGAUGACCUAAACAUCAUCUGCCCUAUUGAUCACAAGUUGAGAAAGGGGAACAUAACAUAGUCAAAGGCCUAAUGUAUUUGUUGUAACUAGGUAUUAUUUGUUUGAAGUUUUUUUCAUUUCUUCGAUCAGUGAUGAAAUUUUUGAUUGGCUGGUUACAAAUAGGUCUACAUGUCAUUUCGCUUCAUUAAAAAAAAGAUUUUGUCAAGAGUCAUUUUAAACAUUUAAAAAGAAACGAGUCUUUUUAAUUAUGGGAUUUAGAAUUCAAGGUCUAAGAAACUAGUCAGUAUGUUCUUAACAAAGUAUCCAUGGUCUGACAGGUGAAAGUCUAUACUUGAUGCUAAAGAUUUUGAAGCAGGUGAAGUUUAUAUUUGAUGCUAAAGGCUAGUUUAAAGCAGAUGUUUAUAUUUGAUGCUAAAGGCUAGUUUAAAGCAGAUGUUUAUAUUUGAUGCUAAAGACUACUUUGAAGCAGGCUAACAUGGGGCAAGGGGGAGAAGUCUCCUAUCCAAGAGUCACAUAUCUCAACAUUAACCACAGAACUAUAAAUGAAUGCAGGGCUGAAUCACUCUUGUUGUAGGGUUGUAGUUGUCUGUGCAGUUAGUGUCCCAGCCACACUUAAUGUAAUGUGCCUUCAGUGUCACUUGAUUUCCUAGUUUUUCAUUGGACUGUGUCUGAUUGAUGGUUAAUGAUGAGAGUAGUCUCCCUCUUGUGGGUGGGGCUUAACACAUUGGACUACCACUUCCUUCAAUGUGCUUGCCUAUUUGCAUUUUUAUCUAAAAUGAGUGUGUGCUAGGGGCAAAGUUGUACUUGCUUUCAAUUAAUACUUGCAAGCUCUGACCUUCUAAGUAUCUGGACAUUUUUUCCAAUUUUCAUAGUUUGUUGCUUUGUUUUCAUUUGACAAGCAUAUUUCCUACAUUUAACAGUUUGUUUUUAGAAAAGCUAAAAAAAAAAUAGUAUGUCCAUCACAAAAUCCAGCAUAAGGAAUAAUUAUCCUCCAUCAUCAAUUCCAUUCUUUACUUAUGCCAUUGCUGGUUGUGUAUGUACCUGCAUGAAAUAAUGAAUUUGUCAUUCAUCAUCUGGCUCGGAGACUUAUGUUUUAUGGUUAUUGCAUUUCCAUUGUUUGUGUAUAGUGCUACAAUGACAAUGAAAAUGAAUCAUUUUAAGUUAAAUUUUAUCAGUUUAUUUUUGGUCUAAGUACUGCUGAUUAUUCCCCUUUCUUGCUCAAGUACCUAUGUGUCUGAUCAAUUAGAAAUGAGAUGAAUCUCUAGCUCCUGGCCUGUACUCUUGAUGUUUUGCUUCGUCUAGUGUGAUGUAUACAUUGUGUGCUCAGUCCUUUUGUCAAGCCAAUGACACGCAAUGUUUUAUUCAUUUGUUGCUGUUCACAGUUAUUUCUACUUACAAAAUUACCAAAUGAAACCAAAUCAAAAUGAAUAUUUUUUCUCUUUUCUAAAAAAAAAUUAAAGUAUUACAUUCUGAUGAACAUUUUGUUCGAUCAAGUCUGAAAAUGGUUUUUUUUCUAUAGUAGCCAUGGGAAAAAUUUAUUUUUACCACAGCUGUUGAUCUAAAAUUAAAUAAAAAUGAACUUCCUUAUGUGUCGCAUUUAGUUUUGUUGUGGUGUACAUUUGUAAAAAUGCGAUGACGUAAUUUUUAAAAUAUUUUGUGUAUUAAUUUUUGUUUCCCUUGAUGGUUGAUCUGAAAUAAAAUAAAAAUAAACUUCCCUAAGUGAUCUAGCAGUGCAGUCUUUCCAACUCUUAGAGGUACCUGACUUUUAUUGGCUGUGUUGGCCACAUGACACUUACAUUAACCCCAAUGGCGUCUGAGUUGCGCGUUAAUCUAGUUGUAGGUCUAUGUAUUAAAACAUUAUUUAAUUUUUUUUAGCACAAAAGUUUCAAUGUAAUCUCUCUGAAUUACAAAUGGUUAUGGUUAUACCAAUGGCUGGUACUGUCUUGAGAAACAAUAGAUGUGCCCUGAUGAAUGAAAGAACUAAAAUUUUAAUUUUAACAAUUUUUGCUAAGUCCAUCAGAAACUAAUAUUUUUGUUGUUAUACAAAUGGCUGGUACUGUCUUGAGAGACAAUAGAUGCACCCUGAUGAAUGAAAGAACUAAAAUUUUAAUUUUAACAAUUUUCGCUAAGUCAAUCAGAAACUAACAAUUUUUGUUGUUAUACAAAUGGCUGGUACUGUCUUGAGAGACAAUAGACGCGCCCAGAUGAAUGGAAUAACUAAAAUUUUAAUUUUAACAAUUUUUGCUAAGUCCAUCAGAAACUAAUAUUUUUGUUGUGUGCACAUUCAAGCUUAAGGCACAUUAUUUUUUAACUGAAUGUACAUUGUUUAAAUUGUGUUUUGAGUAUAUUUUCAUUGUUGUCAUUGAAUUCAAUGUGAUACAUCUUUGCACAGCAAGACCAAACACAUGCUUUAUGUCACUGAAAACCUUUAUUAGUCUUCCAUUGUCAGGAAUUUGCAAAUCUUGAGUGCAACGUUUUUUUGUUUUUAUUAUCACUUGACAUGCACAGACAAGUGUGGAGACCACAGCAUGCAAACCAUUUUUCCGCCCUAUGUAGCAAGUACUCUUUUUUUUUUUUAAAGCUUUUAUAUAGCACAACAUUCAUGCUUAACUCCUUCUCUCCUAAAUGAUGAUACCAAUGUUGAUUUCACCAGAAUGUGGUAAAUAUUACGGAGUGAAAGAGUUAAAGCAUUCUCAGAGAGCUAUGGUUCAGUCUCUUUUGUGAUCUAGCAGAGGAGGAGUUUCUGGAAGAAGUUUUUUCCAUACUGCCUUUAGGUGCUCAGUAAACACAACUCUGUGUGAUUCGGAUGUUGAACCUCGAGCCCUCUUGAUAGGUAGCCAUGCCAAGUUUAAGCAUACUUUGCCUGUUGGCCACACAUCCCACUUUUAAGCUGGCCGAUGAGGUAGUACGUCAAAAGGGUAGAGCCCUUUCAUCAGGCAUGCUUCAGUACUGCUGUAGAGAAACACUUCCAUAGCGUCAUUUUUUUUUCCCAUGUUUUGUUUUGUACUUAAUUUUCUUAGAAACACUUUUUUUCUUCUUUUAGAACUUCUCACUAAGGAAACGUAAACAUCCUGUUAUCACUUUUUUUGAUGUAAAGACGGUAUACAUUUUUUUCCUAGGUACUCUAAGUUUGUGCCUUGCUUCUCAAUGUAAUCAACACAGGCUUGAAUCAGCUUUUACUCUGCCCUACUCAAGAAAGCUAGAAAUUAUUUUUUUUAUCAUUGUUAUCAAUUAUACUUAUUCCAAUAAAGGAAAAAAAAAGACAAAGAGUAUAUUUUUAUGAAUGUUUUGCAAUUGUUUUAUUGAAAUAAAUUUUUAGUUUGUUUCAGUGUUUUCUACAUUCAUCAUUUUGUGAUAUUUGGAACACUUUGAUUUGUUUUGUUGAUUAUUUUUUGACAUUUGACCAGUUCAUGUUUUUUUACUUUCAUCUUUUUUUGUUUUGUGUCUUUUUAAAAUGUUUUGAAAUUUCAAUCUCUCUGUGUUUCUAUCAGCGCUCGGCUGUUUUUACUAGUUAGUAUUGUUUUCUUUGUUAUUUUUUUAAUUUCUGAUUUUCUGAUGAUGAUUUGUUACUACUGAAAUAUCUAAUUAUAUUGACUUUCAUUCAAACAACUGAUAGUUCACAAUUUAUUGUGAAGCUUAGUUUUUUUUAUGUUUGCACGGUUCUCAAAUCUGAGUUGGGUUGGUAUUGAACUUGGGAAGGGUCAAUUACUGAAAGUGUUGUAUUGGGUUCCAUUAGCACCAUUGUUUUGAUAUAGGGAUCCAAUAGCUUAGUGUUUUCUGGUUUGAAGCUGGGAAUCUGAGUUUUAAUUAAAAUAUUAAAAAAAAACAAAAAAAUUACUGUUUUCUCUUUCAGUCCCUCAUAAGAGAUAUUUUAAAAAGAAAAAUAUUCAUAAUAUGAUGACCAGGAAUUUUGUUAAUUUCUUUUUACUUAUUCUUUGGUACAUGAUCAUCCCUAACCGAUUGGUAUCAUUUCUCAUAUCCCAAGAAUCCCUUCUAGCUUAAACGUUAUGGGUAGUUUAAAAAGUUUUUCUUUAUGGAAGUUGAAGAGAAAGACUAGGUUAAUUGGUGUUAGGGCAAUACUAGGUUUUAAGUUUUAAGAAAAAAGAAAAAUUAACCCAACAAUUAGACUAACAGGUUUUAGUUAUAGUUUUGUAAAUACAAAAGGACAUUUUAUUUGUAUUAAUGACUAUUUGAAACAAUGUGAUUAUUUUCUGUUUUUUUUUUAUUAAUUUCAUGUUCUUGUAUUCUGGUGUUUACAAGAUGGUCAUUCCUUAUCCUCUUUGUGAUGCUGGUAUGUUGUUUUUCCCCUCUUGUUCAACCACUCUCCUUAUGUUCUCUGCCAAAAUAAAGUGAAGUCUCCGUUAAGUUUAUACAUAAAUACUUUGACAGUCUCUGUCAAUACAGAAAUAAGCUCUUAACUCCCUUUAAAGAAAGAAAAUAGUUUUUGCUCCUCUUUGUUCAUAAUUAUUUAUGUCAAAGGUGCCCAGCUUUUGUUUUUGGCCUGCAGGCUAUAAAUUUCCGGCCAACGCAUCACAGGCUGCAUCACAGCUAAAAAUUGUUGGCUCGAAUGGAAACAGGUCCCUCUGCGGUUUUAUUAUGCGCAGUGGGCUGAACAUUUGAAGGGCCAGAUAGUCUCACAUCACAACCAGACAGCUCCUUCAUCACAGGCCAGAUAUGUCCUGCAGUCUUGGCAUCACUGACAUAUGUAGUAAAACAAAGGUCCAGUCUCUUUUUUUUUACAUUUAAAUAUCCUUUAAAAGUUUGUUUUUAAAUUUAAUGACAUCGUGCUUGUACCCAUUCACACCAUUGGGUUGUGGCUGAGGGGUUAAGUGCUUGACAUCUGAAAACCAGGAGUCUUGGGCUCAAAACUUAGAGAAGAAUUGGAUUUUGAACUUCACUGAGAUUCAAACCGAGGGCAACUCUGUUCAGAAGGUAAGCACUCUACCACUUAGCCACCUUGCCCCAGAAAUAUAUGAAUGAGAAGAGCUAAAUUACAUUUUGUUAAUUGAUUUUAUUUUUUUAAGGGCCUGUAGAGUUUAGAUUUGGAUAAGAGCCAAAAGCAAGCAGCCCUUGGGACAUCCAUUUUGCUUUCUCUUUUGUUCUUCUUAGAUUUAAAAAUAAGUGAUAAUGAGUACUCUAAAUAAAUUUGUAUCAUUUCAUGUAAUGUCAAAUAUUGUGCUUUCAUUCUUUACUUGAUGUCAUGUUUUUGUAUGUUUGUUGUCAUUGUUGUUUUUGCUUCUUACUAAAAAUGUUUCAUGUUAUGUACCAUAUGUCAUAAGUUAACUUUGUAUAUGCUUUACCGUUAUACUGAUAUUUUUAGGCUGUCUUUGACUUUGUGCAUACUGCCACUGUGUUCAGACUUAACGAACCCAGAGGUCCGUUGGUCAUUAGCUUUCCACUUGGUAAGAAAACCUUAGCCUGUGAUUAGUCUUUAUCAUAGGUGACAGUAUUUUUUUUGCUACUGUAUUUUGUAAAUUAGCACUCAACAUGUGCACUUCAAAUUUGAAAGUUGUCAAGGGGAGAGAAGGAUGUUUUAGUCAUUGUUCUUUAUUUCUGGUGUUUUAUUCAACUUGUAGUGUGGCUGCUGGUACUCAUUGUGGCAAGGAUGAUGCAGAAGCUUAAAUGUUUUCCACUGACUGAAGAUUUACUUACAGUUGUCUUGUCAAUUCAGAAAACAGAAAUAAGAAGUCUAUGUCGAUACGAUCUUUGUUGUUGUUUUUUUAUUAGAGUAAUUUUACUGACUCUUCCUUCUGAGGUUUUUAGAUUAGUUUCUCAGAUCCCAAUGCCACAAGUCAAACUGGUUUACCAAAGUUCACUGAUUUGAUUCUCUUGCUAUUUAUACAGCUUAAGGCCAAAUCUUAUUCUGUAACCAAAAUUUAUUUUUUUUAGUUUGAAAUAGAAAAGUUCAUUCCUGAACUGCAUUGCAUCACGGGCAAUGGAGUGAAUUUAAUUUUCCUGACAGACUUGUUUUAUCAAUGUUGUUGUUAUAGUACAAAUAAAUAAAAGGUGUCCAAAGUCAAAGAAGUAAAUGCUGUUUCAAAACGGGUCUUGACUUGAAGGAAUAGUGUUUGAGAAAGUAAUAUAUUAUUAUACCUGGUCAUGGAGCUUAUGCAAAAUUUCUUAGCAGUUUACAUGUAUUUCUUUGUAUUCCAGCCAUUCCUUAUUGCCAUGCUGGUAUAGAUUUCUUUGGUGGUUUGUAUUGAUGCUUUUGUUGUACAUAGAAGGCGUGGUGGCUGAGUGGUAAAGCGCUUGGCAUCCAAACUGAGGGGUCCCGGGUUCGGAUCCUGGUGAAGACUGGCAUUUUUAAUUUCAGGAUCUUGAGGGCGCUUCUUAAUCCACCCAACAAGAACAUAUUAAUGGAUCCACUGACAUAUUAAGUCAAUAAAAAUUUGUUUCAGACUUUUGAAAAACUUAUUUUAGAAUAACCACCAGACCAACAUUUUUUUUUAUAUCUAUUUGUUGGCUUUCAAGAUUAUUAUUAUUAUUAUUGGUAUUAAAUGAAUGAUUAUUUAAGGCAAUUAUCCUUUUUUUCCUCGACAUUUUCUCUCUAAAGCCUUCCACCCACUUGUAGACUCUGUUUUAAAAAUAUUUUUAUUUUUCAUCAAUUUUGUCUUUAAAUUAAAUAUGUAUUUUUCCUAUUGGUAGCUUUCUCCAUGAAUAAAAAUUUGCAAUGUUAAGGGUUAAAAAAUUGUAAACACAGUUCAAGAAAUGUGUUUAGUUAUAACGUAACAUAUAAUAAUAGCAGCACUUAAGGUUCAAUGGUUAUCGAGAACAGAAGGUGAAAAAAAAUAUGGUGAAAUAUAUAUAAGCCCCAGUGUCCAUGGUUCGAGUCUUCACCUUCACCAAUUACCUUGACACCUUAGUGCUGUUAUUAUUUGUUUCAUGUCAUGUUUAUGUGUUUCAGCACUAAAGCUUCAAACUCCAUGUACCUGUCUUAUUACAAUUUUGCUUUCUGAUUUGAAUUGAAAUGUUAGGAACAUAAGAUCUAUAGAACUUUGAGCCAAAUUUCUUUACCUUGUACUAAUGGCUAUUUCUAUGAAGUUUUGUUAAACUGUAUGUUUUUAUUUCAUACACUAAUUGCUUUUCCUUUUCUGUGUUGAGUAAAUAAAAAUCAAAGCAAUAUUUA